AUGUCUGUUGUCUCACGUGCUAAGCGUAUCAGGAACCCCGCAUUGUUUGUGUGCGAUAUUCAGGACAAAUUUCGCAAUGCAAUCUAUGAGUUCCCGAAAAUGGUUCAAACAACCGACAAACUAGUCCGCGCCGCGAAAAUCCUGUCCAUUCCAACCUACAUCUCGACCCAAUCCCGGGCCAAACUCGGCCCAACCGUUCCCGAACUGUCCUCCAACCUCACGGGUCCCCAUAUCCGCGCCGACUUCGACAAAACCCUCUUCUCAAUGAUCACCCCCGAGAUUGCCAAACAAUUACCCGUCAAAGCUCAGGAUCCACUGGAUGUCAUUCUGGUCGGGAUCGAGACUCAUAUCUGCGUCACCCAGACUACCCUUGACUUGCUAGAGAGGGGCCAUCGAGUGUAUGUGGUCGUGGAUGGGGUGAGCAGCAUCAAUGCAGAGGAGAGGGGCAUUGCGUUGGCAAGACUGAGGGACGCUGGAGCGACGAUGACGACGAGUGAGAGUGUCUUGUUCGAGAUUUUGGGCGAUGCGGGACAUGAGGCGUUUAAAGAGAUCAGUGGGCUGGUCAAGGAGACUAAAGCGGAGACCAAAGGUGCGUUGGAGGCAUUUUCGAAGAUUUGA